AUUUGUGCUAAAUUCACUGGCGUGACAGACGCAGGCACAUGAAAAAGUUUGUCUGUGCACACUUAUUUGGAAAACGCAGUUGCACGAGGAAGACUGUGCAGCAUGGCUGUGCCUUUUGUGCAAGACUGGGACCUUGUUCAGACACUGGGAGAAGGAGCCUAUGGAGAAGUGAGGCUGCUGGUGAACAGACAGACCGAGGAGGCGGUUGCAGUGAAGGUGAUCGAUACAUCUCAGGCUAAAGAGUGUGUGGAAAAUGUCAAGAAGGAGGUCUGCGUGCAUAAAAUGCUCAACCACCCCAACAUCGUCCGUUUUUUUGGCCAUCGGAAGGAAGGUACGACGAUGUAUCUCUUCCUGGAGUACUGCACCGGAGGAGAGCUGUUCGACCGAAUCGAGCCUGAUGUGGGGAUGGCGGAGAGAGAAGCUCACAGACUUUUCCAGCAGCUAAUAGCGGCGGUGGAAUACCUCCACGGUGCUGGAAUCACCCACAGAGACAUAAAGCCAGAGAACAUUUUGCUGGAUGACAAAGAUAACCUGAAGCUGACAGAUUUUGGCCUGGCCACCAUGUUUCGUUUCAAAGGGCGAGAGCGUCGUCUGAGUCGUCUCUGUGGGACUCUUCCGUACGUGGCUCCGGAGCUUCUCGGCCAAACGGAGUACAAAGCUCAGCCUGCAGAUAUCUGGUCUUGUGGGAUUGUCCUCACUGCCAUGCUGGCUGGAGAGUUGCCGUGGGAUCAGCCGACUGAGAGCUGUCAAGAGUAUUCAGACUGGCUUGAAAAGAAAACGUACUUAGCUCCCUGGAAGAAAAUACAACCAAUGCCUCUUAGUUUGUUGUCCAAAUUACUGCUGGCCAGGCCAGAUGCACGCAUCUCAAUCGCAGACAUACAGAAAGACCGCUGGUUUACUCAAGGUGUAAAGCAACCGCCUCCAGGCUCAGGACGAAACAAACUUCUUCGGUCAGACGUGGGACUCGCAUCCCGCACCAACAGUGAUGACAGGAUGCAGUUUUCCAGCUCUCAGCCUGAUUUCGCGGCAGGUGGCUGGGAAGCCAUGUUGAUCAUCGGCCAAAGCGAGGGCCAAGUCAGCUUCUCUCAGCCAACCAAGCCGGAGCACAUGCUGCUAGGUAGUCAGCUACUGGGCACCCCGGGAGCCAGUCAGUCGCAGUGGCAGAGAUUAGUGCGGAGGAUGACUCGUUUCUUCACCACUGUGAAUGCUGACGUCUCCUUAUCUGCCCUGAAAGACGCCUGUGACGGCCUGUCACUCUGCUUCAAACUCACCUGCACCAAACAGGUGACGGUGAGCACACUGGACAAACGCAAUAACAAACUCAUCUUCAAAGUCCACUUGCUAGAGAUGAACCAGAGAGUGCUGCUGGACUUCAGACUGUCUAAGGGUGACGGCCUAGAGUUCAAACGUCUCUUUGUGAAAAUAAAACAGAAGCUCGGAGACAUCAUCAGCACUCAGAAGAUUUUACCCCCCGUCCUAUGAGCAAACCUCUACAUGGACAUGCGCGCACUGCUGUGGACGAUGGAGGAAGAAGCUGUAGAUAUUUAGCUGUGCUACUGAUAUUUGAAAUGUUUCUUGCUGUUCUCUUCGCGUGUGUGUGUGUGUGUGUGUGUGUGUGUGUGUGUGUGUGUG